GAACGCAAAUACCGGUCAUUUUGGAGCAAAUACCGGUCGUUUUGGAGCUCUCUUUUCUUGAGAAUCAUCUUGAAGCUUUUAAGAACAAAACUCAUUGAUAAGUUCAAUUCACUUCAGAGACUUUGCACACAAUCUCUCUUUCACUUCAGAGAAUUUUUACACUCUCUUUCUCUACGUCUGUGCGUGUAAGAUUCCACCAACCAUAAACAAGACAACUCGAAAAGUCUUUCCAGUCCCAACCUUCCCUGUUGUAUUUCACUUCAAGAUUAAUAAUAAAUAUUCGUUUCUCCAUCACUCUCAAAUCAAUUCUUGAAAAUUCAAAUUCAAUUCUGGGUUUCAAAUGGAAGAAACCCCAACUCUGUUUUCCUCAACCCUCCCUCUCUUCUUCACAAUGUUUCUCAUCAUCUACCUCUCUGCCCACUUCAUUGUUUUCCGACAUUGGAGCCCUAAUCUCCGUCCCGAAGCUUCAAGCUGUCUAAUCUCACUAGCUCACGGAACACCCGCUGUUUUCUUAGCCUCUCACGCCAUUCUCUCCGACCCAAAUCGCAGUUUCGCUUCAAUCAACACCAAUUUUCAAAACACAGUCCUCGAUUAUAGCAUCGCCUACUUUUUGAUGGACCUUUGUCACUAUCUCAUCUUCUCUCCCACUGACAUGCUCUUCAUAGGCCACCAUUUGGCCACACUCUUCGUCUUCGUCACCUGCAGAUACUUGGUUUCUCAUGGAGCUUAUGCGAUUCUUGUUCUUCUUGUUCUUGCGGAGGUCACGAGCUUUUGUCAAAACACAUGGACGCUCGCGAGUGCUCGGAAAGCGGAUUUGGAAAUUGCAGCCAAAGUGUAUGACUUUUUGUCCCUUCCAUUUUAUGCUCUUUAUUCUGUUGUUAGAGGUUUGGUUGGACCUCUCUUUGUGAUUGAAAUGACUCUGUUUUAUGCAAGUGGGGCAAUGAAUGAUGUGAUUCCGAAAUGGGUUUGGGUUUCUUGGAUUGUUGUGAUUGUAAUGGCGAUAUCUGUUAGUAUACUGUGGAUUUCCAAUCUUUGGAUUGACUUGUAUAGAAAAAGAACCAGUAAACUUGAAAAGAAAAUUAGAUAGGACUCGGUAGAGUAUUGGGUUGAUGGUUCUAUUUACUGUAUGUUCAAUUGAUACAUAUAUCUAUGAAAACCAUGAAUAUAUUUAGUAUUUUUUUGU